AUGGCGAUGAAUAGUCCGGGUUCGUAUACCAAUUUAAAGUCUCCCAAAAGUCCACGACAGCUUCCUCAAUUACCGCAACCAAUUUCAUCGACUUCUGGACAACGAAGUCCUAAACAUCCACUUCAAGAUUCAAGCUGUAAAUCACCGAGUCCACCACGUGUAUUUGAAUUUCCACCAGAAUAUUAUCCAGAAACUCCAAAUGCAAAUUUUGAUUUUGAAGACUUUGGAAAAAUAAAUUCUGUUACAUUGAGUUCACAUAGUAGUCAUUUACCAGAAAGUGGUUCAUGUAGCAAUUUUAAUAGAAGUUUAAGUUUUUAUAGUCAAAAUUCAUCUGGAAUAAAAAGUCCACGCAGUUUUGAAUCGAGUACAUCACCGGUAUUUCAAUUUUGCAAUCCGAAAAAGAAUUUUGGUAAAACUUUAAGUUAUCCACCAAAAAGUCCAGUGUCACCAAGUUCAAUAGGUUCAAUAAUGCGAAGUAGAUCACCAUCGUGUGGUUCAUCACAGAAUUUUAAUCAAAACAGUAAAAGUUCGGUGGAAUAUAAUCGUCGGAAUUCAUGUUUAAAUUUACGUCCCGUUAAUUCACCAAAAACAAUUGUUACUUCAUCGUCACGUAGUCCAAGUCCCCGUGCUGCCGAAACAGAUUGUGAUAAAUUUUACAAAGCAUCAGAAAAUACGGUAUCAAAGAAACAGGAUAAUGACAGUCCAAAGAAUAUAAAAAAAAGAUUGGGUAGCUUUCAACUUAACAAGAGUUAUGGUUGUUUAAAUGAGGUCGCAGAAAAUAUGUCAAUGAGAUCUAGUGUAAAAAAUAUUUCACGUCGUUCUACUAGUGAUCUUAUAGAUGCUGCAGCAGUUGACGAAAAUGAAACUGAAACUACUAUACUAUCUAGUCCCAGACGAAGGGGAUCAAUGAAAGGAGGCUUAGCUUAUUUAGCAUCACGACGAGGUUCUCGAGAUAGUCAAGCUUCGAAUAUCUCAAAUAUCAGCAAUGAAGAUAUUGGACCUUUAAAUUUUAGCGCCCAUCCACGAGGUCGACAGAGGAGGACUUCGAAUUUUCUUGAGCUGCCAGUUCCUGAUCAUAUUCGACCUCGCGUACAUAGUUUACCAGAAAAAGCGUAUAACCCACGUGCUGGUGAUGAUUUAUAUAGGCUCAGGGCAUUCAGUAUUACGCAUAAAGGUGUUGUGAAUCGUGGAGAUUCCAUUAUCUCUCGGCGUAGUAGAAGCAACACGUCGGUCAAUAGUAGCAGAAAUAGUAAUGUGUCUGGUGAAAGGUCACCAUUUGAAGGAUCAUGUUGCAGUGGACAAGGUGCUGUUUGCGACAGUAGUGAAAGUGAAGCUGAAGAAGGUUCUAAGUACAGGGUAGUUUUACUUGGUGAUUCGGGCGUUGGAAAAACUGCAUUGGUUUCACAAUUUAUGACUAGUGAAUACAUGAAUACUUAUGAUGCAAGUCUAGAUGAUGAAUUUGGAGAAAAAACAGUGUCAAUUCUUCUUGAUGGCGAGGAAUCUGAAAUGAUAUUUAUUGAUCAUCCUCACGUAGAAAUGAGUUUGGAAAAUUCAUUAUCUACUUAUGAGCCGCAUGCUUGUGUGGUUGUCUAUUCAGUUGUGUCACGUCCAAGUUUUCAAGUAGCAGAAGAAAUGCUAAAUUAUCUUUGGCGCGAGCAAUAUACUCAAGAUCGAUCUGUUAUUGUUGUCGGAAAUAAAUCUGACUUAGCUAGAAGUCGUACCAUUGACGCUAAUGAGGGAAAACAAUUAGCUACAUCACGGGAAUGCAAGUUUAUUGAAACAUCAAGCGGAAUUCAACAUAAUGUUGACGAAUUACUUGUUGGAAUUUUGAAACAAAUCCGUUUACGAGAAACACGGGAUAAAAAAUUACGUAGACAAGGUAGUAAAAGUAAAAUUCUUUCAAAACUGCAUGGCAGUAAAACUGCCCUUAGUCUUAAUCUAGCACGUGAAAUUUUGAACAAAAUGUGUAUGAAUGAUAGUAAAAGUAAAAGUUGCGAAAAUCUACACGUACUUUGAAAAAAAAAAAUUCUAAAAUAUAAGUAAAUAUUGUUUAUCAAAAUAAAAAUUAAAAUAAUUUGAAUGAAAACAUAUCUAACUUACUGUAUCUCCUUUAUGUUUUCUAUUUAAAAAGUAAAUAAAUAUACAAUAAUAUUUACUAAAAUAAA